AUGCCUUCUCUGAAAACAAAGAAGCAAGUGCAAAGCUUAAAUGGAAAGCUGGCCUCUUUAACACGAUUCUUUUCUAAAGCAGCUGAUAGGUCCCUUCCAUUCUUUAAAACUUUGAAGGGAUGCUUAAGGAAACAAGAUUUUUCUUGGAUAGAGGAGGCUGAAAAGGCAUUUCAAGACAUGAAGAAAUUUUUGGCUCACCUACCAACACUUACUGCUCCAAUACCCAGGGAAGCACUCACUCUUUACUUGGGCGCCUCCAAAGAGUGUGUAAGUGUCGUGUUGUUGGCAGACAGAGGAAGUUCUCAGAUGCCCAUUUACUUCGUUAGCCGGGCAUUGAAAGGGCCCGAGAUAAACUACCCAGGCUUGGAAAAGUUAGCUCUUGCUUUAGUCCAUUCAGCUAGACGUCUCAGAAGAUACUUCCAAGGUCAUCCCAUCCAAGUUCUCAAAGACCAGCCCAUCAGGCAAGUCCUAUCAAAACCUGAAGUGUCAGGCAGGCUAGCUAAGUGGGCAAUUGAGCUUGGAGAGCAUGAAAUAACAUUUCAGCCAAGAAAUGCAAAGAAAGGCCAAAUUUUGGCGGAUUUUUUAGCAGAAGUUGAGGGGGAGGAGGAAGAUGUAAGCAAGGUAGAAGAAAGUCCACCAUGGACUUUUUUACGGAUGGAGCCUCUAGUGCUGGAGGGUCAGGAGCAGGUCUCAUCCUCAUUGACCCAGACAAGAAAGAAUCACCUGUGCCUUCGUUUUGACUUCCUAGCCUCAAAUAAUGAAGCUGAAUAUGAAGCCCUUCUAGCUGGGUUGAGAAUAGCAAGGAAAAUGGGGGUGGAAAAAAUCCAUGCCUUCGUGGACUCCCAACUUGUAGCAAACCAAAUAAAAGGAGCAUUUGAGGCAAGUCAAAAGACUAUGCAGCUUUAUUUGGAAGAGGCAAGGAAGAUUAUCUCUGAAUUCAAGAAAUUCAAUAUAGAACAGGUUCCCAGGAGCCAAAAUAAAAAGGCGGACGCCUUAAGUAAGCUGGCAUCUUUAACCUUUGCUCAUCUUACAAAGGAGGUAUUAGUGGAGGUGUUGAAAGAAAAAUCCAUAGUGCCAAAAAAGGAAAUUUCUCAAGUUGAAGAAGGUGAAUGUUGGAUGACCCCAUUGUAUAACUUCAUCAAAGAUGGAGUCCUCCCUGAAGAUAAGGAAAGUGCAAAGAAAGUAAGGAUGAAAGCACCCAUGUAUUUGAUCAUGGAAGGGUCUUUGUUCAGAAAAUCCUUCCUUGGUCCCCAUCUUCGUUGUGUAGGUCCCUUGCAAGCAAAAGAACUCAUCCAAGAAGUGCAUGGUGGAACAUGUGGUAUCCACGCCAGACCAAUAUUAGUUACAACCAAGAUCAUGAGACUUGGGUACUUCUGGCCCUCCUUAUAUCAAGAUGCCAAGGAGGUAAUUGAAAAGUGCCAAUCAUGUCAGAUGCAUGCACCAGUGUCCAACAGACCCAGACGAGACCUCAUCCCCGUUACAACAGCAUGGCCAUUUUACAAGUGGGGAAUUGAUAUAGUAGGUCCAUUUCCCCAAGGCAUCAGUAAGAUGAAAUUUUUGAUAGUAGCCGUGGACUACUUCACUAAGUGGGUAGAGGCAAAACCAUUGGCAACCAUCACAGGCCAGCGAGUGAUCAAUUUUGUGUGA